UCCUAUUUUUACAAAUUUCCCUUUGUAGUUUCAAUCUUCCAGUUGGAGCAAACAAACUCAUCAUAUUGUCGUCGUCGUCGUCGUCAAUUGUAAGGAGUAUCGAAAUCACCCCCAUUUCUCCCUUCCUUUCUCUUGUUUUCUACUCAAGAACAGAAGCAGAAGGACCAGGACCCUCCAACCACCAUCCAUGGCUGCCACUCGCUUCUCUCUCCUCCUCCUCUGCUCUCUCUUCCUCCUCCACUGUCCAUUCUCCGCCACCGCCAACAUCCAUAAAACCUCCAAGCUCUUCAGAUCAGGGCUCAUCUCCGAGCUCACUGACUCCCCCGCUGAAGCCCCAUUGACGAGAUACUUCGAAGUCACCAAACCCAUCAAACUGCCCAGAACUGCGCCGUGCUCGUACCUUCUCCUCGAGCACGAUUUCGGCUACACUUACUCAAAACCACCAGUUCUUGCCAAUUACACGCCCCCUUUUAAUUGCCCAUCUCGGGAUUUCUCCACGAUUGUGCUUGAAUGGGAGGCUACGUGUAAGGGGAGGCAGUUUGAUCGGAUUUUUGGGGUUUGGCUCGGCGGCGUUGAGCUUCUCCGGAGCUGCACGGCCGAGCCGAGGGCCACCGGUAUUGUUUGGACCGUCGAGAAGGACAUCACCAGGUAUUACUCCUUGCUCAUGACCAAUCAAACACUUGCCGUUUAUCUAGGCAAUCUUAUUGAUAAAACUUACACUGGAAUCUACCAUGUCAAAAUCAAGAUUCACUUUUAUCCUGCUGAAGCAAAUUACAAGUCUCAUGAGCCAAAAUUGGAUGGUUUGGCAAAUUUGUACCAUCCCAAGGCUGAUCUCAUCUUACCCAUUUCAAGAGAUUUGCCAUUGAAUGAUGGGUUGUGGUUUGAAAUUGAGAACUCAACUGAUGUGGAAUCAAAGAAGUUCAAGAUUCCCCAAAAUGCAUAUAGGGCAGUGUUGGAGGUUUAUGUCUCAUUUCAUGAGAAUGAUGAAUUUUGGUACUUAAAUUUCCCCAAUGAGUACAUUUCUGCUAAUAACCUCACAGAUACCCCUGGGAACGGGCCGUUUAGGGAGGUUGUGAUCAGUUUGGAUGGUGCAGUAGUUGGGGCAGUGUGGCCUUUUACUGUAAUAUACACUGGAGGUGUCAAUCCCCUGCUAUGGAGACCGAUAACUGGAAUUGGUUCUUUUGAUCUCCCUUCUUAUGAUAUCGAAAUCACUCCAUAUCUGGGAACAUUGUUAGAUGGGCAGAUUCAUGAGUUUGAAUUCAGUGUAACUAAUGCCCUGAAUGCCUGGUACAUAGAUGCAAAUUUGCACGUGUGGUUGGACAAAAUGAGUGAAAAAACCAAAGGACAGCUUCUGGGACACAAUAGUCUGCCUGCUGUUCAGUCUUUGACACUGAAUUUUACAGGUCUAAAUGGAAAGUUUUUGACUAGUGCUAGUAGGUCCAUAUCAUCAGCUGGAUGGGUAAAGUCAUCCCACGGGAAGAUCCUGACCAAUUCUACUCAGGUAUUCACUUUUGAAAACCAUAUGGUCUUGCAGAAGGAUGCGAAUUUGCAGAUUGUGAACCAGAUUAUUGACUUCAAUGACAGCGUCAAUGCAACAAUGCCAUCUUCUUCUGUCCGUUCAAUCCAAUCAUUUAAAAGAUUUCCCCUUUACCUUUACUCUGACUCUGUUGACCAAGGUCAUGAAACGUAUAAGUUAGUAACGAAUCUAACAUUCAGUUUUAAUGAGAAGAGGAAUAAAGAUGCUGGUUUUCGAGCUUUGGGUAGUUCUGUUAAAAAUUUUCAGGAUGCAAACGGAACCAUGCUUGUAAAGAAGAACUUGGUGGUUAACGGGCUAGGGAGUACACAGCAGGCAUACCAAUAUGACAGUAGUAAAUUCUGCUAUUUUCGAAAUGUGUCCGGCUCGAAUUACACUAUUCUUUACGAUAAACAGGACAAUACUUGCAGCAAAAAGUUUUGGCCUCGUUUCUUUUUCACACUUGCCAGAAUCUAGUCUUUUCCUGCUCGAAAGAUCUUUCUUGCUAAUCUCAGUGAUAAUAAGAAAUGCCACUGAAUCAGUCGGUUGGUUGGAUGCUACAAUGGCUUUGUGAAGGCAAUUUCCUGCUUGCAACGCACAGAAUUUUGGAUGAGUUGGUAAGCUGCACAACAAAGUUAUUUCACCAUAAUCUUCAAUCAUCGUGACUUGAAUCAUUCAUUUCAUUAUGCACUUGCAGAUUCCUAGUUUGUAUUUAUACAGGCCAUGCCUGCAUUGGAUUGUGAUUAGGUUGCUGUUCUGAAUCUGAUUGUGUUAUCUGAACUGACACAAUAUCGAAAAUCUGCCAAAUAAGAUGGGAGUUUAGGUCUUUGUAAAAUCUCAAUCUUUCUCAAGUACUGAGCUUUCCUGGUUAUUCAUUUAUUGGUGCUAAGCUUGUUGCUUGUAUUUUCAGCUGUUUGUGUUAAUGUGCUUACACCUUGUUGGAUGCCU